UUUGUAUAUACACAAUUGGUUUUAUACAUAGUGUGUAGACAUUUGCCAAAAUAUUGUACAAAAAUAACUGUAACAAAACUUAUUGAAUCAAAAACGUUUAUUAAAUUCAAGUUCCUGUUAUUACAAAAAUAAGCGAGCUUACUAAAAGUACUAUAUAUAAUCAUCACAAACAAGUGGCGUCAGCUGUGAAUUGUGAGCAGUCAUCAGUAAGUAAUUUACAUCCGCAUCAAAUAGUCACGCUAUGGCUGCCGCUGUGGAGAAUCAACCGCGCACCGAGCUGCAGGAACUGCAGCUCAAAUCCGCUCAAGUUGCCGAUGAAUCCUUGGAAAGUACGCGUCGCAUGCUCACCAUGAUGGAUGAAUCCAAGGAGGCGGGCAUUCGCACUCUUGUGGCGUUGGAUGAUCAGGGCGAGCAAUUGGAUCGCAUCGAGGAGGGAAUGGAUCGCAUUAAUGCGGAUAUGCGUGAGGCGGAAAAGAAUCUCAGCGGCAUGGAGAAAUGCUGUGGCAUCUGUGUGCUGCCGUGGAAGAAAGUUAAUCUGAAGGAUGAUGGUGAUAGCGCCUGGAAGGCGAAUGAUGACGGCAAAAUUGUUGCGAGUCAGCCGCAGCGGGUGAUCGAUGAACGUGAACGCAAUGGAAUGGGACAACCAGCGCAAUCGGGUUAUGUGGCAAGAAUAACGAACGAUGCACGUGAGGAUGAGAUGGAUGAGAAUUUGGGGCAGGUAAAUUCGAUGUUGGGUAAUUUGCGUAACAUGGCGAUUGACAUGGGAUCUGAGUUGGAGAACCAAAACAAGCAAAUCGAACGCAUCAAUGCUAAGGGUGAUGCCAACAAUUUGCGCAUGGACGGUGUUAAUAAGCGCGCAAAUAAUUUGCUCAAGAGUUAAGCAGGUGGCAAAAUUUAUUGAUCAAUUAUAACUGCUCGAUACCGAUAACCGAUAAGCACCCCAUCCAUCGCUACCAAUUAACUUCCUGCUAUCUCACUCUCACUUGAAACUUUCACCAGUAGACGCAGCAACAACUAAAGCACAACAGGAAGCAUCAAAUAGAAAUGCAACAAUUAUGAACUAUAUACUGGGAACAAAAACAAUACUAUGUUGUGGGCACAAAAAACUACUACCGUUAUUUAGCAGCUCUUUUAGUUGCUUUAUUUAUGGCGAUAUCAAAAAUGAAUGAACUUUUAUAUUCAACGUAUACACAAACUACUUAGUAAACGACUAAAGCAACAAAAACCCAUCAAAAUAUUUAUAUAAUUAACUAUGUCGGAUGCAGAAGGAAUAACACACACACUCAAAAUUUUAUAAUGAGAUUUUCGUAUUGUUGUUGGUACUCAUGUUUUUUGGUACAAACAAAACUUUUUUGAGGCUUUUACGACCUUUAUGAAUGAAACAAACAAAAACUUAGUCUUUAUGAUAAAAUAUUUACAACCUCAACUGGAGCCCGAAGCGAAGCGAAGCAAAGCAUUUAUAAGGAGGAGGAAAAGGUGAAUUGAGAAGGACGACGGAGGAAUGAUUAAAAAUUUAAGGGUAGUGUCAUAUUCAUAGCCAAUUUAUGUGCAUUCUUUGUGUGCACGAGAGUUUGUUAAUACUUUACAUACAUAUUAUACUAUACUAUAUAUUCUAUAUAUACUCCCCCUUCUAUACUAUAUUGUAUAACUGAUGUGAGGUAAUUGUGUUAUACAUCCCCUGUUUCGAUAGUAAAACGGAUAUACCUGUGUUAUACACCCACCCUGUUUCUAUUGUAUACCAGAUUUACUUGUGUACGAGAACCAAAAUUAGAAACCCAGUUUUUCAUUAGAGAUUUAAGCAAGGAUGAUGAUGAAGCGUGUUGUGUUAAAUUUGUUUUCGCAAUAAUAUCCCCCGGAAAAGCAGCAAGAAAAAAUGUGUUUAUUGCAUAUUAUAUAGUAGUAUCAUGUAUAUUUAUUAGAUUUAUAAAUCGUCGUAUUUAACCGCUUAUAAAUAGAACUAUUAUUGCCACUUUAGUUUCUAUUGCAACUAUUAAAACUGAAAUGAAAUUACUUCACCACCAAGAAA